AUCUAUAAACCAGAAGGCAGUCUGUUAAACACUGAAGAGGAUUAGGUGAGAGAGUCUCUCUCUGGGCUGUGUAGCAGACCAGGCCAGUGUAUGAGGUACUUGAGUGGCUGCAUUGUUGUCUUCUGGUAAAAAAUGUCAUUCUUCAUAACUUUGCAUGUUUGUACCCUCCAUUGACUCCAUUGAGUCAACUAAAUUAAUGGUUAUAUUCUUUAUUUCAGAAAAGCUGUACAACUCCACUGGCCGGGAUCUAAGAAGGGCCCUUUUCUCGCUGAAGCAGAUAUUUCAGGAUGACAAGGAUUUGGUGCAUGAAUUCGUCAUAGCUGAAGGUCUGACAUGUUUGAUCAAAGUGGGAGCCGAGGCGGAUCAGAACUAUCAGAACUACAUCCUGAGGGCACUGGGUCAGAUUAUGCUGUAUGUGGAUGGGAUGAAUGGCGUCAUCAACCACAGCGAGACCAUCCAGUGGCUUUACACUCUUGUUGGCUCAAAGUUCCGCCUGGUGGUGAAGACGGCCCUGAAGCUUCUGCUGGUCUUUGUGGAGUAUUCUGAGUCCAAUGCACCGCUUCUCAUUCAGGCUGUUUCUGCUGUUGACACCAAAAGAGGUGUCAAACCCUGGUCCAACAUCAUGGAAAUCUUGGAGGAAAAAGACGGAGUUGACACGGAACUCUUGGUUUAUGCAAUGACUCUAGUGAACAAGACACUGGCAGGACUGCCAGAUCAAGACACCUUCUAUGACGUAGUAGACUGCCUGGAGGAGCUGGGCAUUGCUGCUGUGUCCCAAAGGCACUUGAACAGGAAAGGGACGGACCUGGACUUGCUGGAGCAGUUUAAUAUCUAUGAGGUGGCACUCAGGCAUGAAGAUGGUGAUGAGACCGCCGAACCACCUCCCAGUGGGCACCGGGACCGGAGGAGGGCCAGCAUGUGUUCUGGUGGCACUGUGGGCGAGCAACAAGGCCUUGACCGCAGAAGGAGCCGUAGACACUCAAUCCAGAAUAUCAAAAGCCCACUGUCUGCUCCCACCAGCCCCUGCUCCCAGACGGUUCCUGCCUUCAGACCCAGCCAAGUUCGAGACCUCUGUGAAAAAUACAGCAACUUCAGCAGCAGCUCUUUCCAGUCCUCCAGACCCUCUCCUGGACCUAGUGUGUCUCCAUCUUCCGCAUCGUCCUUCUCAUCCCCACAGGAUACCAGGUCAUCGGCAAGUGGCCUUCUCACAUCCUCCUUUAGACAGCACCAAGAGACACUGGCAGCGGAGAGAGAGCGGAGGCGGCAAGAGAGAGAAGAAAGACUGCAGAGGAUAGAACGGGAAGAAAGGAACAAAUUCAACCGGGAGUAUCUAGACAAAAGGGAGGAGCAAAGGCAAGCAAGAGGAGAAAGAUACAAAUACUUGGAGCACUUGGCAGCCGAGGCGCACGAGAAGGAGCAGAGAAGCCGGAGCGCGAGCCGGGGCAGAGCUGACCUCUCCUUGGACCUUAGCUUGCCAGCAGCCCCUGCCUCACCUUCCCCCUCAAGCCCGAGUCCUGACUCUGCUGACUCACAAGAGGCUCUCACGGCGCCCUCAACCCCACCUACCCUGCAGUACCCCCAAGUAAGUGGUAAGGAGCCUGAACUGGAGGCGGAAGCUGGGCAGGGUGCUGAUGAAGCCAGCCGGGACAUAGCGUCUGCCCACGGGGAAGCAGGAAGCCAAGAAGAGCCAGCGCUGGAGCUAGAGCCUGAGGAAAGAGCGUCACUGAGUGAGAAAGAGAGGCAAAACGAAGAGGUGAAUGAGAGGGACAACUGUUCCGCCUCCAGUAUCUCGUCCUCCAGCAGCACCUUGGAGAGGGAAGAGAAGGAGGACAAACUGUCUGAAGACAGACCAACUGGUUUGUGGUCUGCCAGCCUUCAGGAUGUGGGUGUAAAUGGACAGUGUGGUGACAUCCUUACCAGCAAAAGGUUCAUGCUGGACAUGCUGUAUGCCCAUAACAGAAAGUCCACAGAAGACGAAGAGAAAGGUGAUGGCGAGCCUGGGAGGUCUGCACAGGAGGUGGAAGCAGUGGCCAGCCUCGCCACCAGGAUCUCCACUCUGCAGGCCAACUCUCAGGCCCCGGAGGAGAGCAUCAAGAGGGUGGACAUUGGCUGUUUGGACAACCGGGGCAGUGUGAAGGCAUUUGCCGAGAAAUUCAACAGUGGAGAAGUAGGGAGAGGCUCCGUCUCUCCUGAUGCCGAGUCUCAGGACAAGGUCCCGGAUACACCACCAGCACAGCUGAAAACUGAGUCUGAUUACAUCUGGGACCAGCUCAUGGCCAAUCCAAGGGAGCUCAGAAUCCAAGACAUGGAUUUUACAGACCUGGGGGAGGAGGAUGAUAUCGAUGUUCUGGAUGUGGAUCUCGGCCACCGGGAAGCCCCAGGACCACCCCCUCCACCCCCUCCCACCUUCCUGGGUUUGCCACCCCCACCCCCUCCACCCCUAUUGGACAGUGUGCCUCCCCCACCAGUCCCCGGUAAUUUAUUGGCUUCUCCUGUGUUCAACACUCCUCAGGGCUUAGGGUGGUCCCAGGUACCCAAGGGUCAGCCAGCAUUCACCAAGAAAAAGAAGACGAUCCGACUGUUCUGGAAUGAAGUCCGGCCCUUUGAGUGGCCAAGUAAGAACAAUCGACGGUGCAGGGAAUUCCUGUGGUCAAAACUGGAACCCAUUAAGGUGGACACUUCCAGACUAGAGCACCUGUUUGAGUCCAAGUCCAAGGAGCUGUCUGUCACCAAGAAAACAGCUGCAGAUGGUAAAAGGCAGGAGAUCAUUGUUCUGGAUUCCAAGAGGAGCAACGCCAUCAACAUUGGCCUGACCGUACUGCCCCCUCCAAGGACGAUUAAGAUAGCCAUUUUGAACUUUGAUGAGUAUGCCUUAAACAAAGAAGGGAUCGAGAAAAUUCUGACCAUGAUUCCAACUGAAGAGGAGAAGCAGAAAAUCCAGGAGGCUCAGCUGGCCAACCCAGAAGUACCCCUGGGCAGUGCAGAACAGUUCCUUCUCACCCUCUCUUCCAUCAGCGAGCUUUCAGCUCGGCUGCACCUGUGGGCAUUCAAAAUGGAUUAUGAAACCACAGAAAAGGAAGUGGCUGAACCACUGUUGGACCUGAAGGAAGGAAUAGACCAGUUGGAGAACAAUAAGACUCUGGGCUUCAUCCUGUCUACUCUCCUUGCCAUUGGGAACUUUCUAAAUGGAACUAACGCCAAAGCAUUUGAGUUAAGCUACCUCGAGAAGGUUCCAGAAGUCAAAGAUACAGUGCACAAGCAGUCUCUCCUCCACCACGUGUGCACCAUGGUAGUGGAAAACUUUCCGGACAGCUCGGAUCUGUACUCAGAGAUUGGGGCCAUCACUAGGUCAGCCAAGGUUGACUUUGAUCAACUUCAGGAUAAUUUGUGUCAGAUGGAGAGACGAUGCAAAGCUUCGUGGGACCACCUCAAGGCCAUUGCAAAACAUGAAAUGAAACCAGUUUUAAAACAGCGGAUGUCAGAGCUCCUAAAAGAUUGUGCAGAGCGAAUUAUAAUUUUAAAGAUCGUCCAUCGGAGAAUAAUUAACAGAUUUCACUCGUUUUUACUGUUUAUGGGCCAUCCCCCUUAUGCAAUUCGGGAGGUGAACAUCAACAAGUUCUGCAGGAUCAUCAGCGAGUUUGCUCUGGAAUAUCGCACGACCAGGGAAAGGGUUCUACAGCAGAAGCAGAAACGAGCCAACCACAGAGAGAGAAAUAAGACCAGAGGGAAGAUGAUCACCGACUCUGGCAAGUUCUCCGGCAGCUCUCCAGCAGCACCGAGCCAGCCCCAGGGUCUGAGCUAUGCUGAGGAUGCAGCGGAACACGAGAACAUGAAGGCUGUGCUGAAAACCUCGUCUCCUGCUCUGGAGGAUGCCACCCCCAUGCUUGGUGUCCGCACUCGCAGCCGGGCAAGCCGAGGAUCCACUAGUUCAUGGACUAUGGGAACUGAGGAGUCACCUAGUGUCCCUGAUGAUGCAGCUGAUGAGAUCAUGGACCGCAUCGUCAAAUCAGCCACCCAAGUGCCCAGCCAGCGAGUGGUGCCACGGGAGAGAAAGCGUUCCAGAGCCAACCGCAAAUCUCUGCGAAGGACCUUGAAGAGUGGCCUGACUCCAGAAGAAGCAAGAGCCUUGGGCCUGGUUGGCACAUCUGAACUGCAACUGUGACUUUUGUAAGCCCUCAGAAGUGUGCAGAGCAGAGGACCAGCUCUGGCUAGCACCACCCCUUUCAGAAGGGGCGCGGAGACUUGACCCGAGUAUCUGAUGGUUAGAACUGAGUGUUCAUUCUGGGUACCACACUGCUUGUGCCACCGCUGCGCAUUGACAUGGAUCUCCAGAAAUCUCCUGCAUGUAUUUUAUCUAAAGUCAACUGUGUUUCUCUUGUUUCCUUGAUACCCGGUUUAUUAGCCCCAAGUGUGACACCUUUUCUAGGAAGCAACGAUCCUUGUAAGGAACACAUCACUUCUGUCACAGUUGUUAAGAUAACACAGAGCAAUGUGAUUAGACUCAGAGACUGGGUCUCCACAUCAACAAAACGUCCAGAUAUAAAUGCCAAUGUUGUACACAAAUGCAAGCACAGAUUGUUUACCAAUUGUGGAUUUUAGAUGUACUAAAUGUUUAUACAAACUCAUAAAUGUACACCAUGUUUCAAUGACUAAAUAAAUAGAGAUUAAUGUCAUCAUAA